AUGUCUCCGGACCCCAAGCUCACAUCUCAGAUAGCCAUUGUCGGCGCCGGCGAUGUUGGCGCUACCAUUGCCUACUCGCUCAUCAUGGACCCUGUCGCCAGCGAGAUCCUCAUGAUCGAUCCCAAAAAGGAAGUCCGCGACGCCCAAAUCCAAGAUCUCUCCGACGCAACUUUUCACGGCAACACCAGCACCCGCAUCCGCGCUGGCACGCACAAAGACGCCGGCCAAUCCGACAUCAUCGUCAUGACCGCCGGCGCCAAGCAGAAGAAAGGCGAAUCCCGCGCCGACCUAAUCGGCCGCAACAAAUCCAUCCUCCAAUCCGCCAUAAACGACAUGUCCCCCCUCCGCCCAGACACCAUCCUCCUCCUCGUCGCCAACCCCGUCGACGCACUAACCUUCUUCGCCCAAAAGUUCUCCUCCCUCCCGAAAAACCAGGUCAUCGGCUCCGGCACCUUCCUCGACUCGGCGCGCUUGCGCGGCAUCCUGGCGGCCCGCGCCGACGUCGCAGCUAGCUCCGUGGACGCAUACGUCCUCGGCGAACACGGCGAGAGUCAAUUCGUUGCAUGGAGUUUGGCGAGGAUUGGGGGCAUGCCGUUGGACUCGGCACUUCCCAAAGACGUAAAGUUAGACAGAGAGGCCAUUGCAGAAGAAACGAAAAACAAAGCCACGGAGAUCAUCAACAACAAGGGCGUUACGAAUUACGGGAUUGGCGCGGUGGUCGCGAGUCUUUGCAAGAGUAUCUUGUUCGAUAAGAGGGACGUUGUGCCUGUCAGCCACUGGCAGGAAGAGUUGGGUAUUUGCUUGAGUAUGCCGGCGGUUUUGGGCAGGGCUGGGGCGGUGAGGAGUGUGGAGGUGCGGUUGGAUAAGGACGAGGAGGGGAAGUUGAAGGAUAGCGCUGGGGAGUUGAAGGAGAUGGUCAAUGAGUGA